GGUGACCAAUGGGGGCAAGACCACUUUGACCAAUAGACUUACCCAAGCUCUCCCCAACUGUUGCGUGGUCCACCAGGAUGACUUCUUCAAGCCACAAGAUCAAAUACAAGUCGGGGACGACGGCUUUAAGCAAUGGGAUGUUUUGGCUUCCCUGGAUAUGGAGGCGAUGGUGAACACCGUGAGGGCCUGGAGAGAGAACCCCGUCAAGUUUGCCCGAUCGCACGGGGUGAACGUGUCGCACGAGCCUUUGGUGGAUUUGUUUGAUAAGCGCUACUACUUGGCCGUUCCUUAUGAUGAGUGCAAACGGAGGAGGAGGCCUUUGGUGGAUUUGUUUGAUAAGCGCUACUACUUGGCCGUUCCUUAUGAUGAGUGCAAACGGAGGAGGAGUACGCGUAAAUACACCAUUCCUGACCCUCCCGGUCUAUUUGACGGUCACGUCUGGCCAAUGUAUCUUAAACACAGGAAGGAAAUGGAGGCCAAUGAAGUCAACGUUGUUUAUUUGGAUGGAUUGAAGUCCCGAGAUGACCUUUAUUUGCAGGUCUUUGAAGAUAUUCAGAACACGCUCUUGAACUGUUCAUAGGAUCUGCGGGAAACAGAAAGAUCUAUGUACAGAUGUGAUGUAAAUACUUUUUCUUUUUUUGGCAGAAGCAUGGAGAAUUGAGUUUAAAAACACCUGUUGGAUGUUGUCCUUUAAGAAACAACUUUAUGUAUAUAAUUUCACGCUAAGACAACUUAUUGACCACACACCUGUGUGGGCAGUUUUUUAUCUUCUUAUUUUAUAUUCCACUGAUAUUGCGUUUUUCAGCUGCAUUUUUAUACUUGGAUGAAGUUUGUAAAAUACUAUCGCUUAUGUCCUUUAACAAUAAUAUCUUCUGUAACUAUUUGUGUAAUAAAUACCACAAUGUAUUAUAUUCAAUAAAGAUUGAGACGUUUUGUAUAUCGUA